AUGGUCCUUGGAAAGACACCUCCAGACAUGCCCUACGUUGUUAUUCGCUGUCUACCACCCGCCCUAACAGAAGAAGAGUUUCGAGAUAUUGUCAAUCCCUUUCCUGACAAUGAAUAUUUCUACUAUGUCAAAGCUGAUAGAAGUCUUGGUGAGCAUGCAUACUCCCGUGCAUACAUCAAUUUCCAGAAGGAAGAGGAUAUCAUCCCAUUCAGAGAUACUUGGGAUGGACAUGAGUUUGUCAAUGGACAAGGUUUGGUGUACCCAGCAGUGGUUGAGUUUGCUCCAUACCAGAAGAUUCCUAAAGUGAUUGGAAAGAAAGUGGAUGCAAGAACCGGGACAAUUGAAGAAGACGCUGACUACAAGAAGUUCUUGGAGACACUCAACGCAGAGAUUGAGCAUCUUCCUAGCGCAGAAACCAUGUUGGAGGAAAUUGAGACAAAAUCCAAAGAAACUGGGAAAGUAAUGACACCACUGAUUGAAUUUUUAAAGGUGAAGAGGUUGGAGAGAAUUAAAGCCAGAGAAGAAGCGAGAGAGGAGAGACGUCGCAAAGAGAAGGAGAGACGUCUCAAGCUCGAGGAGGAGAAAAGACGAAAGAAAGAGGAGGAACGACGCAAGAAGGAAAGGGAGAAGGAAAGAGAGAAAAGGGAUAAAGAUAAAGAAAAAAGUGGAAAGGAGAAGGAAGAGAAAGACAAAGGAAAAGGGAAACCAGAAACAAAGAUAACACUGUUGAAGAAGCCACCUACUGAAAACAAAGAUGAACUCACCAACAAGGACUCACAGUCUGAGAAAGACAGAGAUAAGAAGAGAGAAGCAGAGAAAGGAAGAGACAGAGAAAGAGAGAAGGAAAGGGAAAGAAACAAGGAGAGAGAGAAGAACAGAGAGAGGGAACGAGAGAAGGAGAGGACCAGGGAAAGAGAGAAGAAUCGCGAUGCUGGGAAGGACAAGAGAAGAGAUACGCCGUCAGGUAGAAAUCAAGAUAGCCGUAGCUCAAGGUCAAAUGACUCUUACAAUGACCGAGUUAGGGAUCAAGAUGUCAAAGGAGGAAGAGACAGCGGACGGAGAGAUGAUCGGAGAGAUGAACGUAGAGAUGGUGGAAGAAGGGAUGAUCCGAGGGAUGGAGGACGUAGGGAUAGAAACAGAGGUUCACAAAGAGAUGAUUUGAAAUCUCAAGAUAGGACGAGAAGAGAUGAUGGGUACAGGGAUGAUAAGAAGGGAGACGGUGGGAGACUACGACGAGACUCCGAUCAGGGGAGAGACAGAACGCAAGACGGAUGGAAAGGGAAGGACAGAACAGAUGACAGGAGAAGAGAAGAGAGGGUAGGAGAGAGGAGGGAUAGCGGUAGACUAGGGAGCAAGGAGCAGGAAAGGAGGACGGAGAGACAUGAUGAUAGGGGCGGAAAGAGGGAUGGAAGGGGUGGAGUUGCUGGCGGUGGUGGAGGUGGUGGUAGGAAAGAGCGGGGUCCAGCAUUGGAUUCUAAGAAGGAGGAGUCAACAUCAUCAUCGGCAUCAAGCCCCUCACCAUCACUGGCUCAUGACAAGGAUGGAAAGAAGGAGGAGAAAGGAAAGAAUGAAACGGGGGAGAAGAAGGAGGAAAAGAAACCACAGAGGAUCAGGAACAAGGAUCGACCUGCGAUCGCACUCUACCAGCCAGGUCAAAGGUCACUGGUCCGAAAGAAGAGCGAGGAUGACAUGAAGGAUUCCGACUCCUCAAGGGCCAGCGAUACUAAGGAGAAAUCAGAGGUCCCCCGGAGUGGGAGCAGCUCGUCUCUGAAGAGCGACAAGUCUGAUGGUGGGAAGGACAUUGGAGGAACGAAGGAUGGAGCUGUGGGGAGCAGAGGAGUAGGAAGCAGGGAUAGAGAUAGAGAUAGGGAUCGAGAUAGGGGUGGGGGAAGGCGGGACCAGGGCAAGGAGAGUAGUAGGGGUGCAGAUAGAGACCGUUAUGGUGGUAGGGAUAGGGGUAAAGAGGGGAGCUGGAAAGGGGCUGGGGGAGAAGGGAGGGGUGGUGGUAGUGGUAGUGGAGGAGGAAGAAAAGAAGGUUCAUCAUCAGGAAAGAGCUAUAGGGAUGAUAGACCCAGAGAUAGAGGGAAAUCAGAUCCUCCAGCGAGUAAAAACCAGGAUAGAAAGGAAUGAUCAAGCUGCCAUGUAAAAAAAAACUGAAUAUAGAAUAUUUAAUUCUUCAGUGUGUAUAUAUAUUUGUCGAGCUUUCUAAACUUGGAACUCUUCAAAUCUUUUGUUUUGACACUCCUUCCUGAUAUAUGAAUUGAUCCACACAAAGAGAGGGAAGAAAAACAAAAAUGAAGAAGAAAAAGAGAUCAUGGUUUGUCCUGCAGCUUUGUAAAACCACUCCUCUUUGCAGAGAUGCCAGUCUUCAGGCUCUGACAACUUUAUCAUUUCAAGCUUUUUCAGGCUUUAUAUUGUACAGUACAUAUGGGCUUUUAACAUGUUCUGGCUUCUUUUCAGGCCCAGUGAGUAAAACUGACUGGCAUCCCUGUCUUUGGUAAUCUUGCCCC